CAAACAAGGCAUUUACUAUUCUUUAUUCAAAUUCAUGCGUUGAUCUCUUCCAUUUCGAACUCUGGAAAAAUGGCAGGGAGAUUUGGUUCCGCAGCAUCGACGAUGAUCGUAACUUACACGCCGGCGAAAGAUCUCGCUUACACAAAUUGCGCAUAUUGCUCUCCGGCGGAUCUCAGAAACUUCCUUGUUCCUGGAUCUAAGCUCGCUUAUGCACUUAUCGCUGAUGAUUUCGUUCUCACUUUAGCUGCCCACGAUGGCAUUCCUAAUGGUCAUCUUGGUCUUAAUGCGAUUCAAAGACGCUAUGCUAAAGUUUCCACUGGAGAUGCUAUAUCUGUUAACAGAUUUGUUCCACCUGAUGACUUCAACCUUGCUCUGCUUACCCUUGACUUGGAGUUUGUGAAAAAAGGGACCAAAGAUGAGCAGGUGGAUGCAGUUUCUUUGGCUAAUCAAGUUCGUAAGAGAUUUGCUAAUCAGAUUAUGUCAACUGGGCAAAAGGUGACAUUUGAGUAUCAUGGCAAUGGUUAUAUAUUCACUGUGAAUCAAGCUACUGUGGAGGGGCAAGAAAAGUCUAAUAUAGAAAGAGGGAUGAUUUCAGCUGACACAUACAUUAUAUUUGAAGCUGCAAACUCUAGUGGAAUAAAGAUUGUCAACCAGCGUGAAGCUGCUAGCAGCAGCAUCUUUAGACAGAAAGAAUUCAAUCUUCAAUCAUUGGGUAUAGGUGGUCUGAGUGCAGAGUUUGCUGAUAUAUUUCGAAGAGCUUUUGCUUCCAGGGUUUUCCCUCCACAUGUCACCAGCAAGCUUGGUAUCAAGCAUGUCAAGGGAAUGCUGCUCUAUGGACCUCCUGGUACAGGGAAGACUCUAAUGGCUCGCCAGAUUGGAAAAAUGCUAAAUGGCAAGGAACCAAAGAUUGUCAAUGGACCAGAAGUAUUAAGCAAGUUCGUCGGUGAAACAGAAAAAAAUGUGAGGGAUUUGUUUGCUGAUGCUGAGCAGGACCAAAGAACCAAAGGUGACCAAAGUGAACUGCAUGUUAUCAUUUUUGACGAGAUUGAUGCAAUCUGUAAGUCUAGAGGAUCAACUAGAGAUGGAACUGGUGUACAUGACAGCAUUGUUAACCAGCUUCUCACAAAGAUAGAUGGGGUGGAAUCUCUGAAUAAUGUUUUGCUCAUUGGAAUGACAAAUAGAAAAGAUCUACUUGAUGAAGCGCUUAUGAGGCCAGGACGACUAGAAGUCCAAGUGGAGAUAAGCCUUCCUGAUGAAAAUGGUCGACUGCAAAUUCUCCAGAUUCAUACAAACCAGAUGAAAGAGAAUUCCUUUCUUUCCCCAGAUGUGAACUUGCAAGAACUUGCCGCAAGGACAAAAAAUUAUAGUGGUGCUGAGCUUGAAGGUGUAGUCAAAAGUGCUGUAUCCUUUGCAUUGAACAGGCAGCUAAGCAUGGAUGAUCUUACUAAACCAGUGGAUGAGGAGAGUAUAAAAGUCACUAUGGAUGAUUUUUUGCAUGCCCUUGGUGAAGUAAGACCUGCAUUUGGUGCUUCCACUGAUGACCUUGAACGUUGCAGACUUAAUGGCAUUGUGGACUGUGGCGAACGACAUCAACACAUCUACAGAAGAACUAUGCUAUUGGCAGAACAAGUUAAAGUCAGCAGGGGGAGCCCCCUCAUUACUUGUCUUCUGGAAGGCCCAAGUGGAAGUGGCAAAACUGCAAUGGCAGCAACAGUUGGAAUUGAAAGUGAUUUUCCCUAUGUCAAGAUAAUUUCUGCUGAAACUAUGAUUGGGCUAAGUGAAAGCAGCAAAUGUGCUCAGAUAGUAAAGGUAUUUGAGGAUGCGUACAAGUCACCACUCAGCAUAGUCGUCCUUGAUGGCAUUGAAAGGCUUCUGGAAUAUGUUGCAAUUGGCCCUCGAUUUUCAAAUUUGAUUUCUCAAACACUGUUGGUGCUCCUUAAACGGCUUCCACCUAAGGGUAAAAAAAUUCUCGUGAUUGGAACUACUAGUGAGGCCGGUUUCUUGGACUCGGUUGGCCUUUGUGAUGCUUUCUCAGUCACAUACCAUGUUCCAACAUUAAAGACAGAAGAUGCCAAGAAGGUGUUACAACAACUUAAUGUCUUCUCAAACGAUGAUGUUGAUUCUGCUGCUGAGGCAUUAAAUGACAUGCCCAUCAAGAAACUAUACAUGGUUGUCGAAAUGGCUGCUCAAGGUGAACAUGGUGGGACGGCAGAAGCCAUCUAUUCUGGCAAAGAGAAGAUCCAAAUCUCACAUUUCUAUGAUUGCCUUCAGGACAUUGCUCGAUAUUGAGUGCUUGGUAUAUUUUUCUUCUGGAGUAAUUUAGGUAGGAACCGUGGUUUUCCUCUUGAGUCCUCUAUAUUUUUCGUGGGCCGCUUUUUCUCAUACACCCAUUGAUGGGGCUCUUCUAUUCAUGAAUUACUUUGAGAUGUUUAUUGGCCCUUCAGAAGCUCAGUUCUGUAAUUGGCGAUUUAGUUAGUAUUUGUUAGAUCUCAUUCUGAAACUUCAUUUGCUUUCUUAUCCCUUAUUUAUUGGUACUCUCUUUUUCUUUGUCCUUUGUUGUUGCAGUAAGUAUUGUAAUCUCUGUUGAGUUGAACUUUCCACCUUAUACGACUAUAAUAUCUUGAGAGGACUUUCUAGUAUGCUUGAAAGUUGAAAGCUUGCAAUUA